GGUCCAUUAGUCUCCCAGACUAACUACCCAUCAGCAGACCGCUGUUCAAAUAGUAGACAUGGGACUGUGGAGUCACCGAGGGGGGGGAAACUCUUCUCAGCGAUUCACCACAACAACUCAGACCAAAGGAAGUCAAAACCACCUGAAGAUGCUGAAUGGACCCGCUACUUUUUCACCUUCAUUCCUCAUUUCUGCUCAGUAGAGGACCGGAAGUGGACCAACUUAAAUGACAUCUGAAGUUAGCCGUGCUUUUUUUGAUACCUAGGGCAAAGUGCCACACCUUCGCUCAGCGCAACAGCUCCACGACACAGCGGGCCAAAUGGGGUGCCAAUGCUGCAGGAUGAUAAAAAGCUACAUCUACGACCCCUCCGUGGCGGUGGAUGUGAGGAAGACGGACUCCGCGAGCGGCUCGCUCUACCAGCCCCGCACCCCCUCCGGCGGGGCCCCCGGCAGCCACAACAAGCAGAAGCAGGGCUUCCACAACCUGGGCUACAGCAAGUCCAACGACAGCACGCUGAAACUGGAGGCGGACAACAACCACGUCAACCACAGGCUGCACACCGCACCCUCCGCCAAGGAGCUGCACAGGCAGGGGUCGGCGCCGCCUGCAGAGGUGUACAUCAUCCAGCCAGAAGCUCUGGGGCCGAGGUGGACGGCGCAGGAGAGGCAGCCGAGCCAGGUGCCCGUCUACCCCAACAUACGGGAGUAUGAGAACCAGACGAGGUACGACGAGCGGGAUCACCGCGCAACAAGGAACGGGUGGGACGGCUCCAUCACCGUGUGUGAGAUUGGCGCGGAGAGCCUGUCCGCAGACGACACAGACGAGGGCGUGGGAGGCACGCCGGAGUACCCGUGCGACACGGGGGACGAGGGCAGCGUCCUGUCCGUGGACAUCCACACCAGCACCACCAGCCUGUCCUCGGCCGACACCAGGGACGAGCUCAGACUGCCAAAGACUCCGGACGUUUCCACGGGCGAGAGCGGGAUCCUGGUGAUGAAGAGCGAGGACGAGGAGGAGGCGAGGGUGGGCGAGGAGGAGGUGCAGAGCGUUACAGACUCGAUGGUGGCAGAGGCUCUCGCCGCGUUGGAGGCCGCCACCGCCGGGGAGGACUGCGAGUGACGGACGUGAACGCGAUUCAGCGGGGCGUUCAAAACCACCAUGAAACUUUGGUUUCUGAAGAACUCCUCGUAUUUUUUAAAUCAAACGAAUGAAGGAAAACUCUGUUUACAAAAUGGUACAGAUUUAUUUUUGAACUCAAAAGCCUUGGAUAUUUUUUUAUUUUGGUCACUGACAGAACACAGCGACUGCCUUGUGAAGGAGGCGGCUUUUCCAGCGCUGCAAGGUUUUUGCGUGAAGCCACAAAUUAAGAGACACGUGUGGCCUGAACAGUCGCCUGCAGCCAUCUUUGAAUCUAGUGUAUUUAAACACUCCUCAGUCCUAAAAAGUCUUCAUGCACUCACCACUGCUUUGCCAUGUUCAUACUGCCCUUGUACAGAUAUUGUAAACAGCUUUUAAAUCGCAUUUUUGCCUCAUUUUAGAGCAUCGCUAUGCUAAACGCUAGCACAGAGUGGAUUAUUUCCUUGCCAUAGCUCGCUGUUUCUUCAGGAAUCUCAGCCUCGUUCACUGAGGAGGCAAAAGAGGAAAGGUCAAAGCAUGUUUUUAUACGCUACCCUUUAUACAUUUCUGUCACCUCGUGUUAUUUAUGAUACCUUCACUUGCAUCUUUUUGGAUUUAUUGUGAGAGGCACUGGACGUUGCUAAACAGACAAAGAAGCUCUCCUCAUGUGUAGCUCAUUGUCUUGUCACUGAUUUCAUCAGAAUUCAAUUAUCUACUCGGAAAUUUAGAAAAAUUAGUUUACACGCUGUCACUGUCGUUUAAAUGCACAGCUUCACUGUGAGACCGUUUGUCAUGCAGUGACGUAUCAGAAGAUCUAUGCACAUGUGAAAACUUAGCCAGGUCACCAAAGGAUUAAAUAGAAAAAUAGCCACCUGUACAUUUUUUUGAAUUCAUCGUAGUUUCUGCAGUUUUUUUUUUUUUUUCAACCUUAACUGAAGGUUGAGCCAAGGUCAUAUAUCAUUGAUGAGUAAACCACUAAGGGGCCAUCAAUACACCCUUCUGUCUCUGUUUUUUUCUAUUUUAUAGGUCAGGCUUCGUGUUUCUAGUUCGGCCUGUGACAUUAGUUCAGUCCACAGCUUGCUCAUGUGCCUAAUAAAGAACUAAUUGAGGCUAGACUGUGCAGAGGAAAUCACAGAUACGGCUUUUUGAAGUGUGUUAAAUGUUAAGUGAGCUGUUUCGCUAAAUGAAGUUCUGCAUUUGUUUCACUGCGACUCGCCUUUUCACUCAUUGUUUGCCUGCCAAAUCAUUUCUACUUAUUAUAUUUGUAUUAUAAAAUAAAGAAAAAGUACUUAAAUAAAUGUGCUCACAAAAUGUGA